AUGGAGCCGACGCUGGUCAAAGACGUCCCCAUUGCGAAAGAAAAGUUUCCGAACGAUGCCAUAUUCACCAGACUCCGUCAAAUGUCCCUCGAGAAGCCUGACUUGUGGUUCCAUGACGACUAUGGUAUCGAUGCCGGUUAUGAUGACUUGAUCCGCGAUGUGAUACACCUGCGUCACAUACUGAGAGAGCAGCUUCCAGCGUCUUCCUUCAACGCAAAUGGAUCACUGAAGAAGGAUGCUAGAUGCAUCGGGUUUCUUGCGUACAGUGGAUACUACUUCAUUGUGAGCUUCUUUGCGAUUGCUGCUCUGGGAGGCAUUUGCGUACCGCUCUCUACCGAUGUCAACGCUGAAGAAGCAAGUUACUUCCUGAAGAAGACGAAAGUCACGUACCUUCUCACAGAGGCAACCAUUUUUGACAAGGCCAUAACGUUCAGAGACCAUCUACACACUCAGCCAGGUCAAGGAUUGAGCCUGAUUGAGCUGUCAAGAGCACCGGCUGCGCUGAACACAAGCCCAGUUGAGUGGGAAAUCGACGACAUAUUGACCUUCUCUCCAGAUGAUGGAUGCCUUAUCCUAUUCACUUCCGGCACCACUGGGCUGCCGAAAGGCGUUCUUCUACCGAGGCGGAUGUUCCACUUUGCCGACGCUCCUCCAUCUCACGAGGUUGUCUAUCUUGCAUCAUGUCCCGUCCAUUGGGUCGGGGGUACGGGCCUCAUCGACAGCGUGCUCGUUGGCGAGAAUCUGCACAUGAUGAAGAACGGAUCCGAACCAAGGGACUUUUGGGAAAUCUUGCGUGGCGGGAGAAUCACGGACAUGAGUGUGUCGCCGACGCUUUUGAGGAGGUUGGUGGAGCAUUACGACGACGAGAUUCAUGGCCUUCCUGAGGAAGAGUGCGACGCCUAUGUCAAUGGAUGCAAAAGCCUCAAGUUAGUGUUUACAAGCGGUUCUAUGCUCAAUCCUUGUCUCGCGCAACGGUUCAAUGACUUGACUGGUACGCAUGUCCGGAAUGGGUACGGCAUAACGGAGAUGGGCGGGGGAGUUAUGGCCACUCCAGAGGGUUCAUCCAUAUCUGAGGGGUACGUUGGGAAGCCUUUCCCGGGCGUUGCCGUGAAGCUUUCUGAGGGCGAUCAUGGAGAAGUGCUGGUCAAAACGCCCAACAUGUUCAUCGGGUAUUUCGACGAUGGGGAGGCAACGCGUGCUUGCUUUGACGACGACGGCUUCUACAAGACGGGGGAUCGGGCCCACCGCGUUGGUGAAGAUUAUUACUUUGACGGCCGGAACUCCUGUGACUGGAUUCGUUUUCACGAAUAUACGAUAUCUGUCCUGGAGCUCGAGCAACGUCUGAUGAAUCUUCCAUAUAUAAGCGAAGCUCACGUUCUCCCCGUGCGAGACCGCGAGGCCGGCGGACUGGUCGCUGCGCUUGUUCGGCUAUGCAAGCAAGACGACGAUGACCAACAGCAUAACAUCGACCUUCGAAUUAUCCGUGAUGACCUCGCUCGUGCUGGGAUGGUUUCGUAUAAGCUGCCGACGAUACUGCGAUUGCUCGAAGAGGAAGAGGAAGUGCCUUACACUGCCUCUGGAAAAGUGCAGAAGAAGGAAGCUCUGUGGCGGUACUUUGGUGUUGCCGAUUGUAUGCCAGAUGAGUACGCGCACGAAGGGGUGGAAUACUGGGGGAAUAAGCUUGAUCUGGAUGCUUCGUCCCGUCUAUUUGACUGGGGUGGUUUGUGA